UUUGGCGACACGAACCAGACAGUCACCAUGAACAUUCGACCCGCUAGAGUAGACGACCUUCCAGGUAUGCAGGCGUGCAACCAACAGAAUCUUCCUGAGAACUACACAAUGAAAUACUAUCUAUAUCAUUCACUAUCUUGGCCAUCAAUAUCAUAUGUCGCCGAAGAUCACAAGGGAAGAAUCGUGGGCUAUAUCCUCGCAAAGAUGGAGGAAGAGUCAGAACAACAAGAAGAUCGGCAUGGGCAUGUCACCUCAAUAUCAGUCUUGAGGUCGUACCGUCGAUUGGGUUUAGCCAAGAAGUUGAUGAUUCAGUCGCAGGAGGCGAUGACGCGCAUAUACCGCGCGAAGUUUGUGUCGCUGCACGUUCGCAAAUCAAAUCGCGCAGCCUUGAGCCUGUACCGAGAUACGCUAGGGUUCACGGUGAAAAAAGUGGAAAGCAAAUAUUAUGCAGAUGGGGAAGAUGCGUACGCCAUGGAACUGUCACUGAGCCAAUAAGACCAUAACUGGGUUCAUAAAGUACAUUGUCACUAUAAGAAUACAACAAAAUCUCUGGAGCGCUGUACUAGUCGAUGUGUUUUCAGCCCCAUUGCCCUUGUAUACAGACCAGUAAUCGGGUUAGCCCUGACCUUGGUCUGCACCUCCCUUCGGAUCAGGCACGAAAGCCGACGCCUUCAGGCGAUCACCUGCAGCCGAAGCAUUUGGGUCUUCAACAAUUCCGCGUUUGAGCAUCAUAGCUUCUCGGAUAAUCUUCAUUGUCUCCAAUCCAAGUUCAUAGUAGCCAUCGUUUGACCUUGCUUCGAACAUGGACGUGUGGGCCUCGAUUUCAUCCGAGGCAAUGGUAUUCCUUGCUGGCUUGAAAUUCCCCGCUUGAGGGUUUGUGUCAUCUGGUAGUACUAUGAAUGUCCGCGAAAAGAUCUG